ACAGUUGCCUUUUAACAUCCAACGAUUCAAAUGUCUUUUUAUACAUAUAAAAAACAUAUUAAGAAAAUAUAUGUUACAAAUAAUUAUUUAAAGACAAACACACACUUGAUUUAGAUUUUUUACACGAUUGUUAUGUAUUAUUUUUAACUUUAGGAAGCGCGAGGUUUAGGUCUGCCAGAGGGAAAUGGUGCCUUUGAAGCGGAGGAAAAUGGUUCACGCGGGUUCUUUGAACACUGAGACAAAUGUCUGUGGAGGAACAGAGCCAACCAAGUUCCCUCAGCUGGUUUUAUUCUUGUUGGAGAGGAAAAUGGGAGCCAGUCGGAGAGCUUUUCUCUCUCAGCUCGGACGGAGGAAAGGAUUUCAGGUGGACGACCUGUUCAGUGAAAAUGUGACACAUGUUAUCUGCGAGAACAACUCCGGAGAGGAAGUCAGGAUGUGGCUGGAGGCCCAGCAGCGCAGGCAGGGAGAGCUCCACCUGCUGGACGUCAGCUGGUAUACAGAGAGCAUGCGCCAUGGCUUCCCAGUGGAGAUUCACCACAGACAUAAAAUACAGGGUUUGCUUUUGUACCAGAAAACUACCAGAAAUUCCUAUCUGGAGUCUGAGGAUGGUCCGGGUCGCCCCGCCUCGAACAUCGACCGCUUUGAGAGAUGUCUGUCCAUCUUCAAGCUGUCCACCGGAGGAAACGCCGACCUGCAGGAAGCAGGCGAGGACGGCGGUCCGUCGGAGAAGGAUGGAGAGAGACGGUGGAGGGCCGUGAGAGUGGACCUGGUGGUCUCCCCCAUCAGUCAGUUCGCCUUCGCUCUCCUGGGCUGGACCGGAUCCAAGCUGUUUGAGAGGGAGCUGCGGCGGUGGGCGGGGCAUGAGAGGGGCAUGUCUCUGAGCAGCCACGCCCUGUACGACAACAAGCAGGGAAAGUAUCUGAGAGCUUCAUCAGAGGAGGAGAUAUUUGCUCAUCUCGGUCUGGAGUACGUUCCUCCAUCAGAGAGAAAUGCCUGAAGCAUCGAUGCAGACGGCCGAGCUGGAGGCUAAAUGUGGAGCGGUUCUGUUUUCAGGGUUCUGACUCCUUUUCUCUGUUUUAGUUUUUAUUUUUUUUUGUCUAGGUAGCAAAUUCUUCCGUUUAGGUCAGGGUCGAUAACCUGCGGCUUUUUAAUGCCACCCUUGCGGCUCCCUGGAGCUUUUUUUUUUUUUGAAAAAGUUUUUUUAAUAAUUUUUCCAAAUAAUACAGUGUGGUACGAAAGUACAUGUGUAUUUUUACACUUUAAAACAUAAAAUACAAAACCCAAGUAUGAGAGGUACAGGUUCCAGGCUUUGAGAGUUUGCAUCAUUAGUGGUACAGGUUUCCAACGUUUAGUGCUCCCUGGAGCUUUUAAAAAAAAUGGGAAAAAAAUGUAUUUUGUUUGUUUGUUUUAUUCCAAAAAAAAAAAAAAGCAAAUUAAAAACCAUCCCCUGGACUUUGUUUC